AUGCUUAUUUUCACUAAGUUUCUGUCUCAGCUGGAAGAAGCAGUGGAGAAGGACAUUAUGCGAUUUACCGUCUGUGACAUCAUUAUCAAACACUGUCCACGAUUCAGGAAUGUGUAUGUGCCAUACCUUACCAACCAAUCAUAUCAGGACAAGACAUAUCAAAGAUUGAUGGACGAGAGUCAUGAAUUCCGUAGAGUUGUGGAAAAGUUGGAGCGUAAUCCGGUUUGUCAACGACUGCCUCUACGGUCUUUCCUCAUUCUGCCAUUUCAAAGAAUCACACGCCUCAAAUUGCUAGUACAGAAUAUUGUAAAGAUAACUGCUCCAAAAACCAAUGAUGAAGCACAGGCCAUUAAGGCCAUGAAACUACUUGAAAAGAUGAUCCAGGACAGUAAUGAAAGUAUCUCUCAAAUGAAGAACAUCGAGUCACUUGUGACCCUCAAUGCCAAAGUUGACUUUGAGUGCAGGACUCUUCCAUUGAUCAGUCAGUCCCGAAGACUGGUACGAGAGGGACCUGUGACUGAACUGAGAGACUUUUCUCUGAAAGACAGGGAAGAAGAGAGAAAUGCUUAUAUGCACCUUUUCAAUGACUAUCUCCUGGUCUCUUUGCGGAAAGAAGGGGGUAGGUUUACAGUUAUCGAUCAUGCACCUGUGUCAGAGCUGCGGGUUGAGAACUGCAGGUUCAAACUGCAUUCCCUACAAAAAAACCUGUUCCGUCUGCACAUGCCACAAAAAGCCCUGCUCUUGCGGACAGAUACCCAAGCCAAUAAAUUGCGCUGGAUAUCAGCACUUUCACGUCCUUAUCCUGAGAUUGACUUCAGUGCAGUUCAGGACAUUCCACAAAUGCAGUGCAUCAAAGCAUUUGUUGCUCAGCAGCCUGAUGAGCUAAGUUUAGAGAAAGCUGAAGUUCUGUUAGUUCACCAGCAGAGUAGUGAUGGCUGGGUGGAAGGAACUCGUCUGUCAGACAGACAACGUGGUUGGGUCCCCGAGUCUCAUCUUGAGACAAUAGUCAGCGACAAAGCAAGAAAGCGCAACCUGCUGGACACCAUGAAAAUUGCUACAGCUGCAAUGUGAAGCCAUAUGUAUAGCCUUCAAUGUUCUCUCAGGUGGACUUUUUCAAUUACAAUUUUUUUGUAUUACUUUAAAGACUUAAGCCUUCAAGAACUUUAAGGAUUUUUGUCUCAACUUCAUGGGAAGUUUCUAUUUAUUUUUUGUAUACACUCAAGGGUGAUGUGGGUGUGAUGGCCUCACCCAUGUCAGGGUACUACUCCACACCAUGCAAAAGGGUCUGGCAAGAUGCUGAAUUACAGCAACUGAACUUCUUAGAUAUCUUAUGGACAUUGAUGGACUUUGCAAAUGGCACAAAUGCAUCCAUACGCAGUACCUGUUCCGAAUGAGUAUCUAUGCAGCUUCCAAAGUGUUUAUAUAAGACUUUCUUAAAAUUGGGAAGUUGGGAGUCAUUCACGGUCAGAGAUUUGGACUAGAGUCUGUUGUCCACAAUCUGAGCAAGCCAUUUCACUGAGGAACCACAACAGCUGGAUAUAACACAGCUGAAUGCUGCACCAAAACUACUUGUUCUCUGUUAUUUAUAAACAUCAGAUCCCCUUCAGCGUGGAAUAUAAAUGCUGUCUGACCGCAGCCUGAUGGGAAUACAGUUUGAAGAGUUGUUGGUGUGCUCUAGGACACAAGAUGCAAAAGGACAAAUUAUUAAUAGCUGUGAAAAACAGUGGACUUUUAAGUGCAAAUUUUAUUUAGGAUCAAGAAUUACGGAUGCCUACUUUUUAAGUGUACAAUACCCA